AUGGAUGGGAAAGCAGCACCCAACGGCGUGGCCACCAUCGAGGACAGGAUCUUACGGAUCACGGGCUACUAUGGAUAUUACCCGGGCUACUCCAGCCAGAAAAGUGCCUCACGAUCAUCUGUCAUCCAAUGCAAGCCAGGAGGCAACUGCCCCAGCAGACACAGAGGCAUGACUAGGCAGCUCUCCCCUCUAUCUGUGGCUGAAGAUUCUGCUGCUCCCAUUCUUGAGCUGCAGAAUCGAAGUCCCUCGGGAAUCUGUCGGCACAGCAGAGUCGAGAGGCAGAGCAGAUCAGGAGAAGAAGGAACACAAGCGCACACGGAGAGCAGCAGCCAAGAAGCUGAGGGACAGACACGAUGCCAAUCCUGCACAUCCACCUUUCUUAAGCUCAUUUGGAGAUUUCUGAUCAUUUUGUCCGUCUCUUCCUCCUGGGUUGGGACAACGCAGUUCGUCAAAAUCACCUAUGAGACAUUUGACUGUCCUUUUUUCAUGACUUGGUUCUCAACAAACUGGAACAUUAUGGUAUUUCCCAUUUAUUAUUCUGGGCACCUUGCAACUGCACAGGAGAAGCAGUCUCCAAUCAAAAAAUUCAGGGAAUGCAGUCGGAUUUUUGGUGAAGAUGGUCUGACGCUGAAACUCUUUCUUAAAAGGACUGCUCCCUUUUCUAUUCUGUGGACUUUGACUAACUACUUGUAUUUACUGGCUUUAAAGAAGCUGACAGCCACAGACGUCUCUGCUCUGUUCUGUUGUAACAAAGCUUUUGUCUUCUUGCUUUCUUGGAUUGUGCUGAAAGACAGGUUCAUGGGAGCAAGGGUAAUGGCAUGCCUGAUUUUCACCUCUCUUAUUUUCAUCCUUCCCUCAAACCAUAAGCUAUUGCACUACCAUAGUCCUGCUGCAUAUGGUAUGUGUACACCACGUUAUGGUAUGCAUAUACCAUGAAACCAUUCUCAUUUAGCUUUGUGGUCCAAAUGUGAGCCUGAAGAUCAGUUAGAGGUGUCAGACUCGGUUGGGUUACAGGGCUAAGUACAGUCACUUAAUUUUAUUUUAAACCUUGUGAUAAAUGCUUAGGUUCUAACCAAAGUGAUUUUAAUCCUUGUUUGAGCAGGCAGCUGUAUUCAAUAUGUAAAAUGCAUACUUGUUCCACACGUACACAUGCAUAAACCACCACCACAUCUGAGAUCUGAUAUGCAGCAGUUUGAAUGGUUGUGUUCUAUAACUUGGCUAAAGAGCAGCCAAGUCUUCCCUGUUUCUGCUUGUGCAGAUUCUCCCAUUGAAGUGGUGGUCCAAGGCCACAUGGUCUCAUUGGGUGUGAUCCUUCUGGACCUUGAGCCCCACCAGUGACUGUGUGGGGCCAGGCUGGUGCCUAGGACCAGGAGAGUCAAUAGAAUCGAAGUUCUGUGACCAGGAGGAUUGAUAGAAUGGAAGUUCCAUGACCAGGAGGGUUGAUAGAAUGGAAGUUCCAUGAUCAAGAGGGUCGAUAGAAUGGAAGUUCCAUGACCAGGAGGAUUGAUAGAAUGGAAAUUCCAUGACCAGGAGGGUCUAUAGAAUGGAAGUUCCAUGACCAGGAGGGUCAAUAGAAUGGAAGUUCCAUGACCAGGAGGGUCAAUAGAAUGGAAGUUCCAUGACCAGGAGGGUCGAUAGAACAGAAGUUCCAUGACCAGGAGGGUCGAUAGAAUGGAAGUUCCGUGACCAGAAGGAUCAAUAGAAUGGAAGUUCCAUGACCAGGAGGGUCAAUAGAAUGGAAAUUCCAUGACCAGGAGGGUCAAUAGAGUGGAAGUUCCAUGGAAAGCUUGAAGGAUCAGGAUGCUUAUCCAAGUGGGCCGCUUUUAUAAAAAAUGAUGAAGACAACAGCUUGGUUUUAAUUAGCAAUGUGAUAGAAUUGGUUCAGAAGUGAAAGGAGAAGGCACCCUAACUCACAGGCAUUUGGAGCAGACAGCAGCACAUUGCCCAAUCAUUGUGCUUGGGUUUUGGGGACAGAAAAAGGAAUUGUUUAAAGUAAAACAGUUCUGGGGUUUCCUGGAAGGACAGGACUGGCUAGGCAGUCUGUAAUGACAUGGAGCAUAGGGCAGCCACAUGCUGUCCCAUGAGAACCUCUCCUUUGGAUAGGGGUUGUUGCUGGAUGGGUUCAGCAAAGGGUCUGUGCCAUGAAGGUAAGGGCAUGGACACACCUCACCUUGCAGUACUAAAGCCAGACAGCUGUGUAUCUAUUUCAUAUAUAAUUAAAAAUGUAAAAACUCAGAUAUCUGAGCAUGCCAUACCCCCAUCGUGCUGAUGGCUGGCUCACAGAAGCAGGGUUUGAAAUCCUCAGUUCUUCUGCACAGCAAUUAACAGGAGCAGUGACUUCUGAGGCUGUUUUCCCCCCUCGGUCCCUUGAUCAUCUCAGCUUCCUGCU